UAAUGCCUAAGAGGACCAAUAGUAUUCAGUCACUUACAUACCCAGAAGCUCUUUGACCACUGGUAAUAACUGGAACCUCAUGGUUUCGGAUAAAAUGGACUCUUGCCUCGGUAGAUCUGCAAAAUGGAGCAUCAACUCGAACUACCUCCAAAUAUCAUACCCACACCCCGGAUUCUUCCCCCCGGUCUUUGUCCCACAGAACCCAGGCUGCUAUGCACAUACCUCGGUAGCUUCCCCGCAUAACCACACUUGCGAGCACAGCUCCUUCCGGAUGUUUUACGCGUCUAGCCUCGGUGUAAUAAUAAGAAAUUGUAAAAUAGGAUCAGGAUUGCUCGUUCUUUGCCACCGUACUUACCGACCCUUCCAGUAUAUCACGACUUACAACUUACAGUGAUCCGGCCAAAAAUGACCGCCAAGCCCACAGUACCCUUCUCGGAGCCGGGGUGGCUCACCGGCCUCCCGAGCCCCAUCUUCGCCGACUCGCACCGGCGUUGGCAAGCCGCCAUCCGCCCCUUCAUCGACACUCACCUCCACCAGCACGCCAUCACCUGGGAAAAAGCCGAGACAUUGCCCCCGCACGUCUUCUCCGACUUCGCGGCCGCGAACAUGUUAAUUCCCGCCCUGCCGGCACCCCUCCCCGUGACCUGGCUCAAGCGUCUCGGUAUCCACACGCUGCUCGGCGGCCUGAAGGUCGAGGACUUUGAUUCUUUGCACGGGGUCAUCUUCGCGGAUGAGAUGGCGCGGAGUGGGCUGGCGGGGCCGCCGGGGAGUCUAACGACGGGGAUGGCGUUUGGGGUGCCACCGAUUGUGAAGUUUGGGAGCGAGGUGUUGCAGGAACGGGUUUUACCGGCGCUGUUGAAAGGCGAGAAGAGGAGUUGUAUUGCGAUUACGGAGCCGGAUGCGGGGAGUGAUGUCGCGGGGAUUACGACGACGGCGGUUCGGAGUGGGUGUGGGGGGUUUUGGAUUGUUAAUGGGACGAAGAAAUGGAUCACCAACGGCAUCUGGACCGACUACGCCACCAUGGCUGUUCGCACCGGGCCCCCAGACUCCGGAGCAGCCGGUCUCUCGCUCCUUGUCGUCCCGCUCAUGCAUCAACCCGGCGUCACCAUGCGCCGCCUCAAAGUAGCGGGGCAAGUUUCUGCAGGAACAACGUACAUCGAGCUCGAUGACGUCAAAGUGCCUCUCGAGAACCUCAUCGGCGAGGAAGGGAUGGGCAUGCGGUACAUCAUGACGAAUUUCAACCACGAGCGGCUCUUCAUCGCGGUAGGUGUCACGCGGCAGGCCCGUGUUGCCCUGGCCGCGGCCUUUGAAUAUGUGCUGAAGCGGGAGGCGUUUGGGAAGCCGCUUGUAGAGCAGCCGGUGGUGAGGCAUCGGUUGGCGAGGGCCGGGGCGUUGCUCGAGGGCCAGUCGGCAUGGGUUGAGCAGUUUGGCUUCUUGAUGACAAGGAUGGAGAAGAGCGAGGCGGAUCGGGAAUUGGGUGGGAUGACGGGCUUGUUGAAGGCGCAGGCGGGAAUUGUGUUGAAGGAGUGUGCUGACACGGCGGUUUUGUUGUUUGGGGGGAAUGGGUAUACGAGGAGUGGGCAGGGGGAGCUGGUUGAAAUGCUACACCGCGAGGUUCCUGGCGCCAGGAUACCUGGCGGCUCUGAAGACGUGAUGAUGGAUCUGGCGGUGCGUCAGCUUGUCAAAUUGUACAAGGCUAAAACGAAGGCUCUCGAGGCUAGCUCGAAGCUUUGAAAAAUUGCGGAAGAGUCACGACGCAUGACAACUAAUGAGUCUGGAAUAUGCCGAGUUCAAUAGUCUGCAUCAUUCCAGGGAUGCGGUUAGUUUAGUUGGGGUAAUCGUUCAAGCGAAGCCAAUCCGUGACCGCAUGGUACUUCUAAGUAAACGUGGCAUGCCUUAUUCGACUGAUGCAUUUUAGUUCUAGCUAUGGUCUUGACACUAAGACUUCAACAAGAGCCGAAAGGUCGAUUUCGAUGGAAACGUUCCUCUGCCGAUAUAGUGUUGCCCUAAGACUUUCAGAGCCAAAAGUAUCAUAUGGAAUGAUUUCACAGAAAGCCAUAAGAGAUUGGGCUGCGAACAGGCGCGUGACUCUACCACCAGCCGCAGAG